AUGGAACUGAUGCUCCCAGGUGCUGACAUGGGGCCCCAGAAGGACUCCUUCCCCCUGAGCAGAAGGCAUCACUACCUCCACGUCCGGAGAAAACUGAGGCCCAUAAGGAUUCUAGCUUUCGUCCUCAGCAUUGUGACUCUCAGCACAGUCUUCUCAUUGGGUGCCUUCCAGUGGACUACUUCUUCUACUGGGCUUGAUGGAAAUGGAGGUGAUCUACAUUCCUCCUCCCCCGCUGCUAUGUCCGGGGGAGCCCUACUGCAGUUGGCCCCCCGCAGAACUCUGCUCACCAUCAAGCACCAGGGAGGCCACAACGUCUCUAUGAUGGAGGACAUGCCCGUGGCCAUGAAGUCUUCCAUGGAUGAGAUGGGGGACUACCCCACGGAUCUCUUCAACCUGGAGCAGAGAAGGCAGGGGGCUGUGAGUCUGCACAUGUUUGGGAUGUUGUACAUGUUCAUCGCCUUAGCCAUUGUGUGCGACGAGUUCUUUGUCCCGGCCCUAACUGUGAUCACAGAGAAACUUCAGAUCUCGGACGACGUUGCCGGGGCAACCUUCAUGGCGGCCGGGGGUUCCGCCCCAGAACUUUUCACCUCCGUCAUCGGGGUGUUCAUCUCCCACAGCAACGUGGGCAUAGGAACCAUUGUGGGUUCGGCCGUGUUCAACAUCCUGUUUGUCAUCGGGAUGUGCGCGUUGUUCUCCAAGGAGGUUCUCCAGCUGACCUGGUGGCCCCUCUUUAGAGACGUCUCCUUCUACAUCAUUGGUCUCCUGAUGCUCAUCCUGUUUUUUUUGGAUAACCAGAUCUUUCUGUGGGAAAGUAUCGCCUUGCUGAUGUGCUACGUUUGUUAUGUGACAUUUAUGAAGUUCAACGCACCUGUAGAGACCUUCAUAAAGAGUAAAUUGGGCCAGAAUCAAGUGGAAGAGGUGGAGGCCGCUCCUAAGUUGGAGUCUGAUUCAUUGCUCUCAGAUGUUAUAUACUCAGAGUCACACUCUUACGGAGCCCAGGCAACCACGGGUGACGACGAAAACAAGUUGACGGCCAAACCCCGUCUCCAGAGAGGAGGCUCAUCGGCCUCCCUCCACAACACCCUGAUGAGGAAUAGCAUUUUCCAGCUCAUGAUCCAUACACUGGACCCCCUCAGUGAGGGUGAGGGACUGGGGGGGCGAUUCAAAGAGAAGGCCUCCAUUCUUCACAAGAUGGCCAAACAGAAAUGUCAAGAUGGCGGGGAGGGGGAAAAACCCAACGGUGUCGCAGACAAAAACAUCCCCAACAGUUCCAACGUAACAGUGGAAGUCACUUCGCCUGCAAACGGCGACGUAGGACCGGCUGAGGAGGAGGAGGAAGAUGAGGAUGCUCCUCUGAGUUUGGAGUGGCCGGCGACGAACCGCAAACGAAUAACGUAUCUCCUUAUCCUCCCCAUUGUCUUCCCCCUGUGGCUCUCUCUGCCCGAUGUCAGGAGAAAGACUUCCACAAAAUUCUUCCCCAUAACUUUCAUUGGUUCCAUCUGUUGGAUUGCUGCCUUCUCCUACCUCAUGGUGUGGUGGGCUCAUCAGGUUGGAGAGACCUUCUGGAUUACAGAGGAGAUCAUGGGAUUGACCAUAUUAGCAGCUGGUACAUCAAUCCCUGAUCUAAUCACCAGUGUCAUUGUAGCCCGGAAAGGCCUUGGUGACAUGGCUGUGUCCAGCUCUGUGGGCUCCAACAUAUUUGACAUUACCGUGGGCCUGCCGUUCCCUUGGCUCAUCUACGGCCUAGUCAAUGACUUCAAGGCGGUGCAGGUGAGCAGCAACGGCCUCUUCUGCGCCAUCGUGCUCCUCUUCCUCAUGUUGCUCUUCGUCAUCAUCUCCAUCGCCUCCUGCAAGUGGAAGAUGAGCAAGGUUCUGGGAGGCCUCAUGUUUUUACUGUACAUCUUCUUCCUGGUAACCAGCGUCUUGCUGGAAGACAAGGUCAUCGUGUGUCCCAUCUCCAUCUGAAGGCCCCACUUCAACCCCAACCUCCUGGAAACACAAACACACCUUCUCUCUCACACACAUAUACAGUAAACACAAUCAUUUGAUCCUCCCGUUAUCAAUGGGGGCUUCCAUUGGGAGGAGCAGUAGAAAACUAGCAUGACUUGAUUGACUUCAAAUGCCCGAGCACAACCUGCAAAUGAUCAUUUGUGAACUUUGAGCAGGGCAGACGGACCUGUCGAUGAGCGAUUGAUUCACGAUGCUACUGCCCAAUGGAAUGGGUUUCUCUCCACGUCACAUGACCACAUCCGAGAGCUUGCAUUGGUUUAAAUCCGUCAUUGACUGACAAACAGGCGAUUGUAAUCACGCCCAUGUCGGAGAGUAGGGGACCACGUCUGGUUACUCCAAUCCAGAGGACUAUGUGAUGUGAUUAGAGAAUGCAUUUGAAUUAGUCAGGUAUCAACUGUCCAUCGGUCAAAAACGUUGAUGGCUGUAUGAAGUGGAGCUCUGGAAAAGGUCCUGCAUUGUCCUAACCAGAAAGUGGAACCUGGCAGGGAAAUGGAAGAGAGGUUCAACGGAUGCAAGAAAUAUCAAGGCAUGAGGAACAUGGUUGGAUCCACCAACAGGUAGACCAAAGAGCAGCUCCUCAGCUUUCAUCGAGUUUACCGAACUCCAGUAAAUCGAGAUCAAUUUGCACAGGUCCUUGUUAUAAGAGUGUCUGAAGAUUGCGUGGAUCAAGUGGAAGUGUUUUUCUUGAUUUUUGUAAAUUAGUUUUCAGUUGUAUUUAUAUUACAAUUGCUUAAUUUGCAAAGCCCAAAAGGUUUUUGUUCUCAAAUCAAAAUCUAGAAUUUGUACAGUUCUGAUUUGGUUUAUAACUGUUACAUGUUUGUAUGAACUUGCAAAGUUUGGAAAGGUAAACGUGUAAAUGAAGAGAAAAUGGUAGUAAUAUGACGAGGGUGGUUUUGUUUGGGACAAUUUUGUUAAGUAAAUACAAUGUAGUACUUGUAAUUUAUCUUCUGUUUCUUAAGCCCAACCCAUAUUUUUCAAACUUGUUUGACAUUUAAUAUUAAGGUGAUCGAGUUGAGCAAAUCUAUUGUACCUAAUGCUACAACAUUUUUAUGGUUGAAAAUGUAACAAUAUAUAUAGUAUAUAUAUACACAGUACCCACUUAUUCUAUAUGCAAAUCAGCUGAGGAACAUGACAAAUGUAAAUAGUUAAAAUGGUCGACAGGUGUGAUGUAGGGACACACUAUAUUAAAUCACUUUCAGUGUGCAACCCCGUUCAAUUAAAUGUAUUUAUAAAGCCCUUUUCACAUCAGCAGAUGUCAAAGUCCUAUACAGAAAUCAAGACUAAAACCCCAAACAGUGCAGAUGUGAAAGUGAAAAAUAUGUGAAGGGGUUGUGAACUCUGUACAAAUGAUCAGUUUUCCAUGUUUGAUGCAGUUUGUAUGUUUCAGAAUCAUAUAGAGAUAUAAAUAUAUAUUUUUUUAUACGUUAUUUCUUUGCUUGUUUUCUCUAUAUAAGAGCAAACAGUAACAUGUAUAUCUGAAUAACAUCUUGUAAUUUUCUCUCACUUUUGAUCAACUGAACAGAAUAAGGGGUUUAAGAUUUUAUAUUGACCAAAGCAAAAUAGCAUGUGAAUGAUAUUCUUAGAAUAAUCAAUAGUUCUACUCUGUAAAAAAAAUCGAUAUGUUUCUUCUCCACUAUAAGAUCGAUCAUAAAACAUGUCUAACUAUUUAGUUGCUUCAGAAUUGUUACCUUACCAUUGCUGUAUGGCGCUUGCCCUUUGACUGGCAACGGCAAAGCAUAUCUCUAUCACAGGAUUCUCCAACCAUGUUUCUGGAGCGCUACCUAGGUUUUCAAUCCAACCACAGAUGGAACUAACCUGAGUCGGUUUAUCAACCAACUAAUUAUUAGAAUCAGGUGCGCUAGAUUAGGGUUUGAGCGAAAAUUCACAAGACGUUAGCUCUCUAGGAACAGGUUUGGUCAACUGAUCUUGCUGCUCUAGCACCUGCUCUAGCACAUGAAGCAUACAGUAUGUGCAUUACCACAAUUAAGUUGUUUUCUUAUAAAUAGUUGUUAAGAUAACAAGCCCAAUUUUGCAAUACUUGUACCAUAAUAGUGACUUGUUAUAUUAUCACACCCUAGUGGGCAAAACUGGUGUAAAAUAUGUCUUUUCGAAAGAGAUGUGUUGUGGAAACAACGUAUUUUGAACCAUAUUUGCUCACUGGGAUAUACUAUAUGUGAUUUUUAACAAUAAUUGAACCAUCUGAAACUGAUAUGGCAAAAAAAGAAAAAAAAUGAGCUACUAUAUUGACAACUAAAAUAAUGGAUUAUCUUUGUUAAAAGUUUUUCCAUGUAUUACUGUAACCCCCGUCACUUUUCGUUAAUUUCUCUAAGCCAAUUUCAUCAUUGUCAAUUUGUUUUCUCUCGUGUAUGCAAUGUUUAUGCAUACAAACAGUUUGUAAACUGUAAUGUAAACUCAAAAACAUGAUAAUUCAAUUUGAUGUUUAUACCAAUAUCGCUUCCACUGUUUUAGGGUUUAAUGUUAUUGAUAUGUAUAGAACAUGUUUAAAUUACAGAUAACUUCAUGACUUUAGACAUCCACGUUGCAUUAAUAAAGAAAGGACUUUCAUAUAGUGGGUAAUUUCUUGAUCUUUUUUCAAUGGAUGUUAUGCGUGUGUAACAUUUAAUGUAUGGAUGAGUAGGAAGGUAAAACGGUCGAUAUACAGAACUAUAUGGACAGUGUGGAAGUCUAUCAUAAUAAUACAGAACAAACAAUGAAUGGCAAUGCUUUUAUAUUUCUGUUACAUACCAUAUAUUUAAGUAUGAAUCAUGUAUAUGAAUCAUAAUCAUGUAUACUUGAAUCAUGUCAAAUAUUGUAAAACUCA